AUGAAAAAGAAAAGACCGUUUCUAGUAAAACCUACCCCAGAAGUUUUUCUAACACUGUCCCAGUUCAAGAAGGACCCGACCAUUAAACUAAUUGACCUAUAUAUUGCUCUGGAAGUUAUACCUGAGAUCAGUAACUUUGACGCUGAAGUUGCUCUAAAAAAUCUAAUCGACAGUUAUUUGGAAAUCUUGGAAACUUGGAUGUCUAAACCGAAUGAGUUGGAGGGAUCCAAACUCGAAAACCAUGAAGACUUCAGUUGA